GUUAGGGUUGGAAUUUGGGGUGUCUGUUCUGUCACACCCAUUUCCUUCCUUCCUUUCCCUAUGCCUAUCCCAAUUAACAUUGCCAAUCUUUGUCAAUAUUGUAAUGUCGAUGCAGUGUUCUGAUGUUGAAGAAGGCGGCGGUGCAGUUGAAUCACCACCACCACCAUCAUCAUCAUCAUCAUCCUUGAGGCUCCGGUCCAUUGAGUCGACCCUCGUCAUCCGGCAGCUCCCUUCCCACGGCCUCUCCUUCCAGCUCUGGCCCGCUGCCGCCGCCCUCGUCGCCCUCCUCGACAACCCUCCAAUCUCCAUCUCCUCCUUAUUCGUCUCCACCUCAGGCCGUCUCCGCCUGCUGGAACUCGGCUCCGGGACUGGGCUAGUGGGGAUCGCGGCGGCUGCCUUGCUAGGCGCCGACGUGACCGUGACAGACCUUGCCCAUGUGCUGCCCAAUCUGCAAUUCAACAUUAAUGCCAACGCCGCGUCGUUGGCCCUCCGCGGCGGGGUAGUCAAAGCAGCCCACCUCCCCUGGGGAGACCUGCAGCGGAUGGAGGACCUGGACUUGGACUUGGAAUACGAUGUGAUAUUGGGGUCGGAUGUGGUGUACCACGAUCACCUCUACGACCCAUUGAUCCAGACGCUGAGGUUCUUCCUGCUUGGGAAUGGGAAUGGGAAUGGGAAGAGGAAAUCAGGCGUGUUUCUGAUGGCACAUUUGAAGAGGUGGAAGAAGGAGUCUGCCUUCUUCAGGAAGGCCAGGAAGUUUUUUGAUGUGCAAGCUGUCCAUACAGAUAGCCCUGUUAAUGGCUCUAGACUUGGAGUAACUGUCUACAAGUUUGUAAGGAAAGAGCUUGCAAUUGCUUGCUAGCUAGGAGUAGUACUAGUAGUAGCACAAAUGAAUGAUUUGUUUUAUUUCGUGAUCCAACUAACAGACUCAUCAUUCUGGCAAUGCUUCCUUCUAGAAAAUGGUUGGUUGUUUGUCUCGCUGGCUAUCUCCAUCUAUAUGCAUACACAACAUACACAUACCCAGAGCAUUUUUAUGUAUUCAACUCAGCUUGAUAUUACUCAGAUUAUUAAUCAAUUGCA